AUGGCACUCGGUACCUUGUAUAUUCAUCAUCCAAGCGCGCGGACACCCGCCAUCUUGGCCAUUGCCAAAGAAUAUGGAAUCGAGCUGGAAAUCGUCCACGCGGAUACGCAUGGCGGGGAGAACUAUGACAAGCUGAUCAAGUUCAACUCACUAGCUCAAAUUCCCGUAUUCGUUGGUCCGGAUGGGUUUGUCCUCACGGAAUGUAUUCCGAUUGCUUUGUAUAUUACUGGCCAGAGCGAUACCACAACUCUUCUUGGCUCCAACCGUAGAGAGUACUAUCAGAUCAUCCAAUGGAUGUCCAUGAUAAACUCCGAGAUGGUCCCCAACAUUGGUGGCGUCGUGCUGCCUUUGCUUGGUCGGCAACCGUCCGUGCGUCAGAAUAGUGAGGACUGCCUGCGCCGUUUUCACAUUGGCUGCAAGCGCCUCGACACCCACCUUCAGAAGAAUCGAUAUCUUGUCGGAGACCAGACAGAAAAGAAGAAGGGCGUAGGGGGGUAUCGACAAAUCAACAAGAGCCUCAACAUCUGCGCGUUCGACAGCUAUCUAAACUCACAGCAAGCUACUUUGCCCGAGUUAGCAGAUGUAGAGCAAAUCAGUCCCCGUGUCAUCCGCGUACUAGGCCAGAACCCCGGAAAGUUCACUCUUCAGGGGACAAAUACGUGGAUUAUCGGCACAGGCGAAAAGAGAUUGAUCAUCGAUACCGGCCAGGGCAUUCCUGCUUGGGCUGAUUUGAUCGAGUCCACCCUAUCUGACAUGGGCUUCUCCUUCUCCCACGUCUUGCUCACUCAUUGGCACGGCGACCACACGCAGGGAGUGCCCGAUCUUCUACGGCUUUAUCCAUAUUUACACGACUCCAUCUACAAGAACUCUCCAGGGAAGGGGCAGCAGCCUAUUUCCGAUGGCCAGAUCUUCAAGGUUGAGGGCGCCACAAAGAGAAUGCGAUGCUCACCGGCGAUAAUGUCCUCGGGCAUGGGAGUAGCGCGGUCGAGGGAACUGGGGACGUACAUGGCAACCCUUGACAAGAUGCGGUCUCACGGGUGCAUAACCGGCUACCCGGCCCACGGCGUCGUUAUCGAGAACCUACAAACCAGGAUCACAGGGGAGCUUGCUCAGAAGCUACGGCGCGAGAUACAGGUGCUCAAGGUGCUGAACGAGCUCAAGUGCCAGACUAUCGAGGGGAGGCGAGGGGGCGUCGCCACAUUAUCGGUGAUGGAGAUUGUGGUGAUGAUUCAUGGCGACGCUUUAGACGAAGAGGUUGCUAAGCUGGCGUUAGAACCUUUCAUAGAGGAAGUUCUGCGCAAGUUGACCGACGAUGGAAAAGUGGCUUUUCAGAUAAAGGGCGGGCGGCAGAAACGGUGGUUCAGUAUUGAAUAG